AUGUUAUUCAGCCAUCAAGAAUUUGAUCAAUUCUUUGAUGGGAAAUACGAAAUUGUAAGAAAUGGGAGUUAUCCAGAUAGUAAUAACUACUACGUCGAAGAUUGCAUCUUUAAAGAACUAACAAAUCGUGCUGUUACUUCUACAGGAGCCUCUAAAUUUCUUUUCGAAGAUAGUAUUUUUGAUAGUGUAUCUUGUUCAUCAGAUAAUGGUGGCGCGGUUUAUACAGAAAGCGGAGAAUCUGUUCAUAACAGAAAUUGUUCGUUUAACUGCUACGCAUCAAUUUGGGGACAAUAUUGCUAUUGUUUCGCAUCUGAGGAAUCAUCCAAAAAUUAUAUUAUUGAAAGUACAAUUUCCAGAACUAAUGAAGAUCCAAUUGGAGAAGCACCAUUAUUUUUAGCAAUUGGAAAACAAAACUUAACUAAUACCAAUAAUUCUUUUUUCCGAAAUAAUAAUCGAUGUGGAUAUCAAUUUGAACAAGGACAAACUGAUUCAAGAUACAGUUAUAAUUCAAUAAUUAACAAUACAGCAACAGAUAAAUUUUGCAUAAGGUACUAUCAGUUUGCUAAUGCAUAUAUUUAUAAGUGUAAUAUCAUUAGAAAUAAAGUAAAAGAUCAAGUAAUUUGUAACUCUCAAUGCACUCAAGCAACUAUUGAAGAAUGCAAUAUUAUUGAAAAUCUUGGAACCGAUACAAUAUCUAUAGAAACUUCAGGGAAAACAGAAGUUAUUAAUUGCUUCCUUAAUAAUGAAGGAACAAUUCCAGACACAAUUUCACUUAGAAAUACUUAUAUCGCAGAAAUAAAGAAUGAAUUGAAGCAUUUCACAACCGCUAUAUGCAAAGGAAAACCUAUCAAUCCUCAAACAUAUUUGAACAAAGCAAAAUUUUUGGGUUUAUUACCACUUUAUAUUAUGUUGUUUUCAAGUAAAGAAAAGUAUAGUACUGGCAUUGUAGCACAUAAGCCAGUAGUGUAUAAUCGAAACUAUCUGUCUGGUUUGUCCAAACUUAAAUAUAUCUUUUCUUUGUUAAGAUAA